AAGAACUAGCAGUAGACACGGGAGGCUUCUCCUCCGCAUUGCAAGCAGAAACUUCCACAGCAGGACAGACCCAGCAGAAAACAAAGGCUCAACGAGGACAGAUGCUGAGCUUGUGCGCUGAAAGUAAACGGAAGCUAUGCCAAAAAGGAGAGAAAUCGUUCGAGGUGGGCCUGGCUUGCCCCGGAUCAGAGAAGGCUCGAGACUAAUGCGCACCCACGAAACAAUGGUGGAUUACCUGAGUGGGCGCAGCAAUGGAGGCUCUUUCCUGGAGGCGUUAGCUCCUUCUCUUUUUGGUUUUCACUUUUCUCCUUCCUUAGAAAAAGAUCUAAUUUACUCGGAUGACGAUCUUGAUUAUGAUGAUGAUGAUGAUGAUGAUAAUUCACAUAAUUUUGGUAGUAAACCUUUAAAACCACACCCACAAAUUAAAGAACUCGGUGAAGAGGAGGCUAAUGAAUUUAUAGAAGAGCACGAAAAACGUAAAGAUAAAACUGAAAGAAACAAACGUAAAAAAAAGCGCAAGAAAGAAAAAAAAAGACUUGAAAAGGAGAAUGCUCAUAAGGAAAGUUUACCUGUUGACAAUGAGGACGAGUUAGAUUCAUCGAAGGUGCAGGAACAAGCUUGUAUAAUUGAUGAUAAUUCAGAGAAAAUCAAGCCUCCAGAUUAUGGUGAAACAGAAACUCAGGAAGCUGGAAUUGUUGAGGUAGCUGAAAACACCAAAGAAAAGGACAUUUUGAAAAUUAAUUCGACAAAGAAAGAGGAGGACUUGAAUUCAAAUAAUUUAAAUGCUGCAUCUAGUAAAGUGGGUGCUGAGGAGAAAUGUAGCCAGAAGUCUGAAAAAGAAAAGAAAAAAGAAAAGAUCAAAGUUCAGCAGCCAGAGGAAGAAAACAUCCAGGAUGCUGUGAAAUCUGAAGUUCAGACGAAAACUGAGCAUGAAAACAAUAAAGAGAAAAUCCGGGAUCCUGUGUCUGAAGAGCACGCAAAACGAAGCAUAGAGCUUGCCAGUAUGGGGAAUCGUCUGGCGGCGGCUGGACAGUUUGAGAUGGCCGUGUCAUGUUUUACAGACGCCAUUAAAUACAACCCAAAGGAAUUCAAGUUAUUUGGAAAUCGGUCUCUGUGUUAUGAGAGACUCCAGCAGUAUGAGAACGCCCUGAGGGAUGCUGACCUGGCUCUCUCCAUGCAGCCCAAAUGGAUAAAGGGUUUGUUUCGAAAAGGGAAAGCUCUCUGCGGCCUCAAGAGGUACUAUGAAGCCACCCUGAUCUACAACGACGUGUUGAAGCUGGAACGCACGAGUGUUGAAGCGGCGCAGGAGCUGAAACGAGCGCAGACCUUACAUCUGAUGGAAAUGGGUUUCACCUGGGCGCAAAGCACAGAGGCUCUAAAGACUUACCAAACGUUGGAGAAAGCCGUGGAUGCUCUGAUGGCCAGUAACCCUGAUGGAGAUCUAGAAGGUGCGUGUGCUCAGUGGGAGGAAGGUGAACAAGCACUGGCCGAAGAGGAUGAUUAUGAGGGUGAUGGACAGUGGACUGUCCUACAAACAGCCCGUUCACGAACGCAGAAAGUCCGAGAUCUGGCUUCUUUGGGUGAAAUUAGAUCAAAAUCGCAGUCGCCGACUCCUCGCUCCAAAUAUUCAUCAAAGCAUGAGCUGUUUUCAGUUUGGGUUGGAACAUUAGGACCUACCAUGACCUAUGCAAAACUCCAUGAGCUCUUCAGCAGAGUCGGUAUGGUGUGCAGCAUCAAGAUGCUGCUUGAGCAGCAGUGUGCGUUUGUGAACUACACCCAAAAGGAGGAGUGUGAAAGAGCCAUCAAGUGCAUCAACGGGAUGGUUAUAGAGGGUGCUCCGCUGACUGUGCGCUAUCCCUUUAAGAGCUCCAACGGAGAGACGGAGCCCUUCCAACGUUCUAGCCCGUACAAUAAGGAGUGCUUUUUCUGGAGGACGUCAGGCUGCACCAGGGAUGACUGCACCUUCAGACACGUCCCAGAACACAAGAACAUCGACAGAGACAAGUUCACCAGCAAGUUGGGGUUAGGAUCCCAUGCAGGGAAUCAAAAAUAAAUGAUUAACGUGUAGACAUUUCACAGGGUCUUUUUGCUUAAACUGUUUAUCAGCGGUGAACACUUGAAGAGCUGCAGUUGCAUGUUAAACAGAUCUGUAAUGACGUGAAAUUUACUCUGCUGGAAAGCAGCAAAUGUGCCUUUUCAUGAUUGGAGUGAAAAUGGGCCUCUGCCUGGGAUUGCUGACCAUCUAAAUCCGUGGAAGCCUGAAGUUUUACAUCCGUUUUAAAGUUUUUGAAGAGAUUUAUUCUGGUUGAUUUUAAGCCACCACCAGGUGGUGGUAUUAUAUUUUUAACCAUUGUGUGUGUGUGUGCAUGGACCUUUUUGCUUUAAUUUUAAGGCAGAGAUUCAUAAAGCUGAUUUUACAUAACUAUAAUUUUUUUUCCUGUUUUGUUUUUCUGUGGUUUCUGUUGUUUUAUGUAUGGAACUGUUGAUGGUUUGUUUAUCGACCAGUAAAGGUUUUCCAGUUCCCUGAAUGGUGGAAGAGCAUCUGUUUGCAUAUGGAAAUGUUCACAUAGAAUCAUUCACCAGCGGCUGUUGCUUAUUAUAGGUCUGGUUGCUGUUGCUCUAAACAUUAACCUUAAAAAAAAAUACUUGUCAAAUUUUAA